AUGGUAAAUUUAGAAGUUUGGUUAGAUCCUGGUUUUGACAUGGAAAAAUGGACUGCAACGGGUAGAAUAGAUGACUGUGGUCCUUUAGGUCCUAUUGAGAGAUCUGGUUGGUUAGUCGAAGAAUAUGUAGUCGACUAUUUCCGAAAAUUGAAUAAGAUGGUAAUUGAUCAUUACAGUGCUUUCCAAAACCCCGAAGUGGCCGCCUAUUUUGAUUUGAAAGGAGAUGAAGACAUUAGGAAAAUUAUGCAUCAAGAUAAAAACUGCUCUAUUGAUGAAUGCGAAAACUUCUAUGUUUAUGAACCUAUCCAGUGCACCCAAAACAAUGUCAAAUGUGCAACACUUUUGGUUGACUUUCCAGAAUCUACAGAAAAUCUUCUGAAGCAUCAGAUUACAAAAUUUAAGCUGCUGGUGAAUAUUGCUUGGGUCGGAGAUUUCUUGGAAAAUAUUGUGGAGGCUAGAACUCAAGAGAGAAAGCAGACGUUAUUUUUCCACAAAAGGCAAACACUUCUGAGUAGCAUUGGAAAAUUUGUCCGAGUGGGUUUCCCUGAUUGUGAGGAUGAAGCAUCCAUUUGUGAUUUUGAAGUUGGCCAGAUGGAAAAAGUUGUUUGGUCUAAAAUCAAAACAAAUGCACCACUAGCCUUUUAUGUUCUCCGCAAAAUGCAACUAGAUCAACUAGAGUACAUGAAAUUACUGAGGCGUCAUGAUGAAUUGAGUCGACAAGGGCGUCGGAUAUCAGAAGUAGCAUCUGCUUCUAUGGCUGCUGCGGCAGUCAACAGAAAUCAGUCUAUAUUGUUCAACUAUAAAUUGGAGAUUUUAGAACAAGAUGGUCAGUGUCGUACUGAACAGGAGCUGAAAAGUUUUAUCAAUUAUGUGAGUAACUCUACUUACAGAACAAUGGUUGGUAUACUAGCAUCUGCUGAGGAAAUCCGCCUAGAAGAGGAAGAAAAAGAAAAGGAAAUCGAGGAAGUAGUUGAUGAGGAAUGGAGUUUAGUGUCAAAAGCUCUGCAGCUAGAUCCUGUAACAACAUUUCGAGACUUUGUCAACAUAGAUGAUGAUGUUCAAGUGUGUGGAAAUUUAUCGGACAAAGACAUAGUUGACGAAUUUCGACCACUCUCAGAAGAGGAAGAUGAGAGUGAAGAACUUAUCCAUCCGAAACAGAUAACCUUUAAUGAAGCAAAAAGUGCCAUGCAUGUGAUGCGGUUGUUUAUUGAAUCGAGACCUGAUAUGGACUUAAAGACAUUCAAUGCUGGCAUGACUGCAGCUAACGGCUUUGUGUGGUUUCUCCCGCUUUGGCUCUCUGAUGACUGGUUCAGUAAGGAAAACAUCCCUGGAAGACGCUAUGGUGAUGUAAAAACAGUGAAGUGUAGCACCGCAGAGAUGAUUGAGGCUGUUAACGGUCACAUGAGCAUAACUUACAAGUUUUAUGCUGACAAUGACACUUUAAUGCAAGAAGGGAAACCUGUUGGUGAGUGGAUUAAAGAAUACACAGGUGCAGCAUCAAAAGAGCAUAUCCAAGUGAGUCCUUAUGGAGGGUAUGCAUAUGAUGCAGUUUGGGCAUAUGCACUGGCACUGGACGUUUUAUUUAAAGAAGACGCUUCUCACGUAACAACACUUCAUACAUCCAAGACAUCAAGGAGACUUGCUGACUUAUUGAACAGAACACAUUUUAAUGGCGUCACAGGUUCUUUGCAAUUUGCUUCAAGUAAACCAUCAGACCUCUUGAUUUGGCAGUGGGUGAACUUUUCAAGCCAGGUGAUUGGAAUAUACAGGUCUAAUAUUAAAAAGUUGGAACUAAAUGAGAGCAAGAUAGUUUGGUUGAUGCGAGAUGGCAGAAAGCCAAUUGACGACGCAACAAGCAAGAAAAAUCUUGACUUUCCUACACCAAACUCCGCUGCUAAUUUUGAAGCGGCUUCAUUAUUUUUCAGCCUCUUCAAUAUCAUUCCUUUGUCUCCUAGCGAAAGAACAACUCUUUUUCGCUUUCCAGACAUCUUUUCACCUUCGUUGCAGAAAAAGAAAUGA